AUGAAACGCAUGACGAAUCCACAUGCCUCAACAAUACAUCAACAACAACAACAACAAGAGUUGGAUUUGGAUGAUGAUCCGCAGGGAGCCUAUGUUGAUCUGGAUGAUCCCAAUAAUGAGAUUCUCGAUGAAAGUCACCUCCCAGAAAUUGAUGAUGAUGAUGACUACGAUAAUGAAAAUGAAGAAGUCACUGCUGAAACAGGUGGUAAUAAUGGAACCACUUUAAAGAAACGUGCUGGUAAAGGUAUUCACUUUAAACAAGGUGAAGUGAAUGAAAAUGAAGAGAAUAAUAUAGUUGAAGAAGAAGAAGAAGAAGAAGAAGAAGAAUUGGCUGGUGAGGAUCUUAAUGAUAUGCCUGAUCGUGAACCCGAACGGGAUGAUGCCUUGUGUGUUUUUCAUACACCAGAUGCCCAACCCGUACAUGCCGUAGCGGCUCACCCACGUGAUCCUCAUCUCUUCGCUGCUGGUGGUGAAAGUGAUGAUGUACACAUCCUGCGAUUUAGCUAUAAUAAUAAUAAUAAUAAUAAUAAUAAUAAUAAUAAUAAUAAUAAUAACGCAGAAGAAAAAGAAAAAGAAGGAUAUGUGGGAAAUGUACGUGUGGUGGCGGCUUUACGUGGAUGCCAUACAGACACCGUGGCGGCAGUGGCCUUUUCACCGGAUGGUAGUAUGCUCGCCUGCGGUGGUGUGGAUGGUGUUGUUUCUAUUUGGUCUACCACUACUUGGCUACAAGAAGAAGAAAACGAAAAACAAGAAGAAAAUGAAAAACAAGAAGAAGCCAAAGAAUUAUGUGGUCUUAGUAGUGAAGUUCUUUCUCUCCUUUGGCAUCCCACCAGUCGUGUUCUUGUCGCCACCGCAGCAGAUGGUCAAGCAGCAAUGUGGAAUGCCAUGAGUGGAGCUCUUGCGGUUUAUUUCAGUGGACAUAGUGGUUCUGUUAACUGUGCUGCUUGGGCUCGUCAUUAUAAACGUAUUGUGACUGGCGGUGGGGAUGGAGAUGUGAUGGUGUUUGCCCCGCGUACAGGAGCUGUGGAGGCUCGAGUGGCAAAAGGACUUUCACCGGAACGUGCACCUGUUACCACACUCUGUUGUUUAGGCUGUUCUCUUAGUAAUAAUAAUAAUAAUAAUAAUAAUAAUAAUAAUAAUAAUAAUAAUAAUAAUAAUAAUAUGAAUAAUAAUAAUACACAUGGACAGGAAAUGGAAGAAGAAGAUGAUGUGGAUGAUCGUUGUGUGGUGGGAUGUGAAGAUGGAAGUAUGCAUGUGAUUGCCCUUCGCAGUGGACGUGCGGUAGCGACAUUGCAGGAAACACAUUCCCAAGCCAUUGAAAGUUUACGCAUGACAGAUCGUGAUAUCACUCCAAGAUUACUUCUUUCUGCCUCUUGUGAUUGUAAAGUGGCGGUUUGGGGUGUAGUGGAUCUCACUUUACGCGUGGUUAUUCACGUUGGGGAAAGUGUUAUUCCAGCACGAUGGAUGCGUGGACAUUUACUGGUCGCUGGUUGUAGUGAUGGAGAAGUACGCGUCUGGGAUGGACGGGCUACGGAACAACAACCACGUGUACGAUUAAUGGGUCAUCGUCGAAUGAUUCUCGAUCUCGCCGUACCAGAGAAUAAUAAUAAUAAUAAUAAUAAUAACGGUCUGAUUGUAACGGGAAGCGAUGAUGGUACGGUACGUUUCUUUUCACUGCCUUAG